CCCGCACGUACGACCGAGGUCUCUUGCCCUCGAGCGAGAAACAGUCGCCCAACUCUGUGCCCUCGUUCGCCGCCGCUGCCCUUCGUCCUCUCACCACCACCGCUAGAUCCCUUCGCCGCCGCUCGGUGCCGCCAGGCCCCGACCUCCUCCCCGGCUCCCGGCGCCGCCCGCCCCCCAUCUGCUCCCCCGAUCCCGGCUAAGCCCGGCCCCACCUUCUCUCUCACUCUUGGCGGUGAUCCCCGUGGUGUCCCCGGACCGGAGGCCGUCGAGGAUGUAGAGCGCCGGGAGCGCGGCGCCGACGAGGAACCCCCCAUGAUGUGCGCGGCGAGGAGGAGGCGCUCGGGGCGGAGGAAGACGGGCGCGGACGGGUUGGGCUUCCUGGGCGCUGCGGGAAGGUGAGCCUGGCUAGGAGGAGUAGGUAGGGAAAGGACGGCGGCUCGCCGGCAGGUCACCGGCGCCGGGAGGCGGCGAGGUCGUCUCUCUCGCUCGCCUCUCCCCUUCUCCCCAUCUCGCAUCUCCUUCUUGCACCGUCGGUGCUGCCGUCCAGUACGUGCCGCGGCGAUCCCCAUGAUGCGCUGGCCAUCUGAACCAGAUCGGCGCCGACGAGAAGUCUCUAAUGUCCCGUGCGGCGGCCACGGGUCCAUCUUAAGUCGGCGGCGAGCUAUGGUGAGGUACACAUGGCGCUGAUGGAUGCACUGUACAGGGGCGCCGCCGCCACUGAGCUGGCCACCGGCUUUUGCCUGUCGUGCUGCCGCGACGGGCACUCCCUCCUCGGCUUUGCCAGGGUCCUCCUGCCCUGCGUUUAUGUGCUGCUCCUCGUCAUCAUCUCCGUGGGUGGGUUCCUCCUCUGCAAUGCCCUUGAACCCCAUUCUCCAACCAUCUGGCAGCGUGCUGGACGUCGUCCUCCUCGACGCAGCCGUCCCCGACGAGCUCUCUUUGUCGGAGGAGGUGGGGCAGCAAGGCCUCCUAUCCUCCAGCGCGUGGACCGACGGCUGAGUCCUCCUGCUCUCCUAGCGUGGUCUGAACACCAUGGCAAUCUCAAUCUUGUUCGGCAUCCAAUGGCUCCUAAUUCUUUUACAACGGCUCUGCUCGGGAUUUGUGUCGAUGACGUCCAUUGACAAAGUGGUUCCAAGAGGUAGAGAGGCUGGUGCGGGACGUUGUGGAGAGUGACGUCAAAUGGGGGUCUGUCCGGGCAUCACUGCUGCUGGAGCUGCAGCGCCGGUACACGGAGAUCAACGGGAAGAGGGCCAUCAACGAGACCCGCAUGAGCCUCAUGGAGGAGGACCCAUAUGUACUAACAUACACAAGAUGACAGAGAAGUUCUCCGCUCUUCAGCUCAAAGUGAAGGAGGUGGAUGCAUUGCAGAAUCACUCCUCCAACAGGUGAACUAAUUAAUUUGCAUUGUCUUCUUUUUGAACUUAUUUCUGAAAGCAGUUUCUGAACUCUGAAAUUGUGUGACUAAUGCUGAAGUGAUAUGUUGUGUUAACUCCUUUUGAAUCUCUUGAUUCUUUUGAUUCUCUUAAAUCAUUGCAAUCUCUUGACCCGAGGGCUACCGAUGAGUCUCCGCGGCGGAUAUCCCCC